AUGGGAUCAUGUCAUGCAGUUCCAAAAACCAAUCAAACAAAUAAUCCUAAAAUUGAAGGUACAAAAUCUAGAAGAAAAAUACCAUCUGCAUCAGCUCCAGUUUCACCUAAAGCUAACUUACCAAAACCAAAUUAUUCUCAAAAAAAAUUAACAUAAACUUCUAAUUGUCCUUAAUAAUUGCUUAAAUUACAUAAAGUUGCAAUAUCCUAACACUAUUCUGUUAUAUAUGAAAAAGUCCCUAGCAAAAACCGUAAUUUUAAAUUCUAAAUUUAGUUAAUGCAAAUUAAUCCUUUGUGUAGAAUAAUUUGAAUGGCAAAAUUAGAAUAGUAGAAACAUUACCAAAAUCAGUUCCUGAGCAUACAGAAUACAUCAAUAAAUUAUUAACUCAUAAUUUAGUAUUUCAAUAAAAUAAUUUCUAGAACCAUCCUAAUCUAAUCAAAAUAUUUGAUAUCUAUGAAGAUAUAGAUACUUAUAAAAUAAUAUUUGAAAAUUAUACAGGAGGAAUCCUAUAUAUGAAAAAUGAUGGAAUUGGAAUGUUAGAGGAAACAGCUGGUACAAUAAUUAAAUAAAUUAUUGAUGUUAUACUAUAUUUGCAUUAACAUAAAUUGACACAUGGUAACUUAUAAUUGAGUAGUUUUGCAAUAAAUGAUUAAAAAGAUUAAAAUACCAUUAAAUUAAUUGAUGUUAAAAGUAUUUUCGUAAAAGAACCUAUUACUAUGUUAAAUGCUCCAUAUAUAUCACCUGAAGGAUUUAAAGAAUAAGAUAUUAAAGGUAAACCAAGAGAUGUUUGGUCUAUAGGUGUAAUUGCUCAUUUUUUAUUAACAGGUUUCUUACCAUUUAAAGGAACAACUGUUUAAAAAAUAUAUGCUGAUAUAAGAAGAGGCAUUUUGGACAUGUCAUCUUUACAAUUUGAUAAAAUUUCCUCUGAAGCCAAAGAGUUUUUAUCAAAUAUUCUAGUGGUUAGUCCUACAAAUAGAAUGGAUUUAUUAUCUUUAACUAAAACAAAUUGGAUGAUCAAACAAAAAAAGAAAUUCGAAAACAAAAUCAAAUUUGACUUAUAAAAUAUGAGAAAACUCAAAAAAUUGAGUUUACUUCAAUAUUGUAUCCUCUAAUAUAUGGCUAAUUAAUAUUUAAGUGAAUAAUCUUCUAGUCUUUUUUAAACAUUUAAUGAUAUUGAUGCUAAUAAAGAUGGUAAAAUCACAAAAUAUGAAUUAAUGAAUGCAUACUAAAAAUUAUAUGAAAAUUAUGAAGAUGCCUUUUAAGUAGUUAGUGAAAUAUUUUCAAAUGUUGAUUAAGAUGAAAAUGGUGAAAUAGAAAUAUAAGAAUACAUACUUGCAUUAACAGAUAGAAAAUCAUUAUUAACUGAAGAUAAUCUAAAAGAUACAUUCAGAAUAUUAUCUAAUAGAAAAGGUAAUAUAACUAUUUAAAGUCUUAUAUAAUAAAUUAAUGUAAAAGAAGAAUUAAUUGAACUAGAAUUUGCUAAAUUAUAAAAAAAACAUGUAUAUUUUACAUUUAUUUUAUUAGUUACCAUUUUAAGAUUUUAAACUAUAUAUGGCUGAACUUAUCUGA